UUCAAGAAAUUUUCGUUCAACAUUCGUAAAAAAAAAAAAAGAGUAGCUCAUUUGAUUCACUGGUUAUAACGAACGUGUAUAGCACUUCCGAAAUUUUCUCUCUCUUUUCUUCGGUAAAUUUGUGGCAAAAUGGGUAAAGUUAAGUGCUCUGAAUUGAGGACGAAGGACAAGAAGGAGCUGCUGAAGCAGCUCGAAGAGCUCAAAACCGAGCUGACCAGUCUCCGGGUUGCUAAAGUCACUGGAGGAGCUGCAUCCAAGCUUUCCAAAAUUCGUGUUGUUCGCAAAGCUAUUGCUCGUGUGUACAUUAUUAUGCACCAGAAGCAAAAGGAGAACCUCCGUCUUUUGUACAAGAACAAAAAGUACAAGCCUUUGGACUUGAGGCCGAAAAAGACCAGGGCUCUGCGCAGAGUACUCACACCCCAUCAAGCCAGCCGCAAGACUCUCAAAGAGAUCAGAAAACGAUCUGCAUUCCCCAUCAGGAAAUACGCCUUGAAGGCUUAGUGUCGUUUUACCUUUCUCAAGUUAUAAUAAAAAUGUCUACAUAAAAA